GCCAUGUUUCCGGAAGCACACACGUGUUUGGUCUUUCACUUCAGCAAUGCAGAAUUAGUAACGCUGUAACUUAAGACAGAUAGAUUGUGUGCCAGUUUACUAGCUACAGUCUCUGACUUGAGGAGUUAUUUCGGGAUGGUCUGGGCAAGCAGAGCUUGCUUCCGCAAGUAUGGCAACUUUGUGGAUAAUAUACGGCUGUAUGUGAGGGGUGGGAGCGGAGGAAUGGGUUUGCCUCGUUUAGGGGGACAUGGGGGAAAUGGUGGAGAUGUGUGGGUGGUGGCCAAAAAAGGCACUACAUUGAAGCAAAUCAAGGACAAACACCCUAACAAACGAUUCACUGCAGGUGUUGGUUCAAACAGCAGUAUUCAUGCUCUGAGAGGGGCGAAAGGAGAGGACACCCAGGUCUUUGCACCUACUGGGAUCAGUGUAACAACGGACGGUGGGAGAAUACUAGGGGAGUUGAACUGUGAAGGAGACAGACUUUUGGUGGCUAGAGGUGGUCAUGGUGGCUCUCUUCACUCGGGGUUCUUACCCAGUAAAGGUCAAACCAGACAGAUUCGGCUGGACCUUAAACUCAUCGCAGAUCUUGGACUUGUAGGGUUUCCCAAUGCAGGCAAAUCCUCCUUGCUGACUGCCUUGUCUCAUGCUAAACCAAGGAUUGCCAGCUAUCCCUUUACAACUUUAAGACCUGAAAUCGGAAAGAUCAUGUAUGAUGACCACAAACAGGUUUCAGUGGCAGACUUACCAGGACUCAUUGAAGGUGCUCACGUGAAUAAAGGCAUGGGACACAAGUUUCUCAAGCACGUGGAAAGAACCAAGCAGCUCAUGUUUGUGGUCGAUGUCUGUGGGUUUCAGCUAGCUAGUAACACCCCGUUUAGGUCUGCAUUUGAAACCGUACUGCUUUUAACCAAGGAGCUGGAGUUGUAUAAGGAGGAACUGUUAGGCAAGCCAGCCAUCCUGGUCAUAAAUAAGAUGGACCUCCCUGAGGCUCAGGGCCGGCUCAGAGAGCUGGAAGCUCACUUGGAGAACCAGGAAGAAUCAAGCCACAUCUUUCCUGAGGACUUCACCCCUAAAACACUAAUGCGUUUUACGCAUAUCGUCCCAGUCUCUGCCACGACUGGCCUUGGACUGCCCUUGCUCAAGUCCCUCAUCCGUCAAUCACUUGAGGAGCAGGAUGCCAUAGAAAAUGAGGGUCAGCGCAGUGAGAAGCUACUCAAGUUGAGAAGAGAUAUUCCUACUUCAUCCAUACCCAGCUGGGGGGGUUCUCAACCAACCUGAGGUCCCAUAUUCAGGUCUGGGUAUGGCAGUCCAUAAACAGUCCUCAGGGAUACUGUUGAACAUUUGCAGACCUGUGAAAUAUGCAAUGUGUGGCUAAAAGGAACACAAAGGGCAUGUUUUUCACUUAUCAAAUCAGUCUAAUUUGUAUAGACUAGUAUCUGUGCCUUAUAUGUGUUUACAGUUUAAUGUAAUUGUGCAUUCAUGUAAUGUUUGAAGUUGGUUUUAGCUGGUCUCCCAGUUUGAUCAGGCUGGUCUGGUUUGCUGGUUUUAAAGGUGUUUUUGGAAAUUUUCCGUUGAACAGGCUGGGAGACCAGAAUAAAAACCAAACAAAUUAUCUUAGGCUGGUUUAAACUUUUCCCCCCCAACAACGUAGGAAGACUAAAAAGACAAUAAAAAGGCAUAAAGUAUAAAACAUUGUUCUAUACUUUAACAAUCAUCUAAAUUUGAUUUAAAGGAUUAGUUCACUUUCAAAUGAAAAUGACCCCAAUCUUUACUCACCCUCAAGCCAUCCUAGGUAUAAAUGACUUUCUUCUUUCUGAUGAACACAAUUGGAGAAAUAUUAAUAAAUAUCCUGACGCAUCCAAGCUUUAUAAUGGCAGUGAGCGAUACCAACGAGUAUGAGCUGAAGAAAGUGUCUCCAUCCACAUCCAUCUAUCAUAAUCGUACUUCACACUGGGGUGUUAAAAAAAGUCCUUCUGAAGUGAAGCAAAGCAUUUUUGUAAAAAAAAAAAAUCCAUAUUUAACAAGUUAUGAAGUAAAAUAUGUAGUUUCCGCCAGACCGCCUACCAUAUUAAAAAAAAAAAGGACCUGCCGUCGCAUCUGUUCCGUAAGUUGAAUAGGGAAGGCGAAGGACGUACAGCGUAAGCUUUUUGAAGAAUACGGAAGGCGGUCUGGUGGAAGCUACAUAUUUUACUUCAUAACUUGUUAAAUAUGGAUAUUUUUCCUACACAAAUGCAUCGCUUCGCUUCAGAAGGCCUUUAUUAACCCUCCGGAGCCGCGUGGAACAUGUUUAUGAUGGAUGGUUGUGGAUGGAGACACUUUCUUCAGCUCAUACUCGUUUGGUAGCGCAUUACUGCCAUUGUAAAGCUCGGAUGUGUGAGGAUAUUUAUUAAUAUUUCUCUGAUUGUCUUUGUCAGAAACAAGAAAGUCAAAUACAUGGCUUGAGGGUGAGUAAAGCUUGGGGUAAUUUUCAUUUGAAAGUGAACUAAUCCUUUAAUUCUUUUGAGAGUGACCACCCAGAGUUUUAUCCAUUACUUAUUACCAAGUUAACGUCACUGUUUUUCAAGGUCUUGCAUUUUGUGGAGAAAUUUUUGACAGAAUCAGAGCUCUACUGCCAUCUGCUGAUUUUUCGUGCUGUUGUUUGUGAUGUAGGUAUCUCAUGCCUUCAUUGAUUUGUUUCAUACUAGAUCAUACUGCAUCAGAUAUUGUCAAAGAGUGAGAGUGAAUGGAAGGAUGAACUGAGAAGCACAAAAAACAAAACAAAAAAAAAAACAAGUCACAUGUUGACUCAUAUUGAAAGAAUAAGAAAAUCCAAGUAUGAAUCAAAAGUUUGGUCAAAAAUGUCAGCAAAGCAGAGAAAAAGAUUUGACUGUUUUUUUUUUGUUUUUUUUUGUAUGUCAGCAAGCUGAAAUUCUGGAAUCAUAAGUUCAAAGGGAUUUUUCCAUUUCUUAUAACUGUUACAAUAAAUAUAGAAUUCCUUGUUAUUA